AAGCGGUCACUGGGUGUAUAUUUUUACUCUGAAUUUGGCAUUAGGACAUGCAGAUUAUGAAAGCCAAGAUAUUUAGAAAAUGAAGCUGAAAGCCUAAAACAGCCAAAAAAACUUUUUUUACAUAAAGAUCGAUUUAUGUGAAAUUGGCGACAGAACAGGUCACAUAUGUUUUUUUCUGUGUGACUACCCCUCUUAGUCGUGCUCCCCAAGAAUCGAAUCGAGACUGUAAUGUCUGAUUUAGGACGCAGUAGCCUUUGAACUGUGGAAACUAACUAGGUCAUAACUGACCAAAAGUAGAAAACUGCGCGUAAAGUUGCAUUUUCAUUUUUCCUUUUCGCAUUUAUUGAGCGUAAACUAUUCAAGCAAGCAUUUUUAUUUCAUUUACUAAAUGCGCAAGUAAUGCGAAAAUGAAAUGCCAAAUUAAUAAAUAUUCCCACAUUUAUCAAUUUGAUUAGAAUAUAGCAAUAUCUUUUCAACGUAAUAAUUUUGCAGCAUUAUUACACCGUCAUCCACCCGAUAUUUCACAAUCCGGAACUAUUGUGUUCGAACUGGGGAGCAGGGGAAAGACCUUGAGCGUCGGACGAAUGUUUGCUACAUUUCCUGAAGAAACGUUUUGCUUAUAGCGUUCGCUAACUGAGUGAAAUAGCUAAACGAAGGUAUAUGUCAGCAAGUUAGCUGAGCAGUAACUUAAUGUGAGUUCGUAAAUAUAAACUGAAUAAUCUCGAAAAGUAUUACUACGUAAUUGUUGAAAAAACGAGGAAGACAAAUGAACAGAAAAGAAGAUUAUGAUUCUUAUGAAAUCGAAGAACCGAGUGAUGAAGAGAGAGCGGCGAGCAGCUCCGAGGAUGAGUUGGAUGUUCUCCUUCAUGGAACCCCCGAUCAGAAGAGAAAACUCCUUCGGGAGUACCUGACUGGAGAGAGUGAGUCUUCAAGUGGAGAUGAAUUUGAGAAGGAGAUGGAGGCAGAGUUGAGCUCCACCAUGAAGACCAUAGAGGGUAGAUGGUCUGCCCCAGUUUCAUCAGAGGGGACCUCGGGUACAACUGGCAACACGGCAGACUCGAGCGGAAACCUGCAACCCCAGCAAUACGACAACAUUUACUUUGACACAGAUUCAGAAGAUGAUGAGGUUCCCAGUAACUCGGAAGGGCGGCGGCGGAAACAGCGGCGUGUCCUCACGAACGAUGAGCUGCUGUACGACCCUGAUGAAGAUGACCGGGACCAGGCCUGGGUGGAUGCCAAAAGGAGACAGUACAGAAGCAGGAGGAAACUGCCUGGUUCUUCAAACAGAAAAGAGAAGUCUGAGGCACUCCCCAGCAGUGAUGCUGUCCUCAACUGCCCGGCCUGCAUGACCACUCUGUGUCUGGAUUGUCAGAGGCACGAGAAGUUCAGGACUCAGUACAGAGCUAUGUUUGUCAUGAACUGCAGAGUAAAUAAAGAGGAGGUUCUGAGGUACAAAACGCCCGCUGAUAGAAAGCGGAUGAACAGGCGAAAGAAGCUGAAAGGCAACCAACAGGUACAGCCUGGGGCCCUGGUGUCCGGGGCCCUGGUGUCUGGGGCCAUGGAGGGGGACCCAGAGGAGACCUACCAUCCCGUCCAGUGUACCGAGUGCUCCACAGAGGUAGCAGUGUUCGACAAGGAUGAAGUGUACCAUUUCUUCAACAUCCUAGCAAGUCACUGCUGAAGAUGCCAUUUUGAAACUGGUUGCAUUUAUUUUGCCAGUUUGAAGACUGUUUUACUUUUCUUUCUUUUUUUUGGAUGACCCUUUUUUUAUCAAAUUGACUGAAUUGUCAUCAUUAACAAGGUUGCAACAUAUACAUUUGAUUUUACAGAUAUAACAAGUCAGUGUGCAGCUCAUUUUGUGGAUUGCUUUUCCUUUCAUAAUUUGAGUUUAUGUACUCAUACUCAGUUUGCUUCUGUCAGGUAAUCUGUCAAAUACCCAAUUCCUCGGGAAUCAAAGAUUACAUAGGGCUAAUAUACAAGCCUAUUGGUUAUCAUGGCCUAAGUCCCUGAAAUGUAUAUAUAAGGUUUUGUAUUAUUAAAACUUUUGUUCAUUCA